AUGACCUCUGCAACUUUCUUAUCAAUUCUGGUUCCAUACAUAAUUUCUUUCAUUGUUUUCCUUUUUUUUGUCGACCAGAUCAACUAUUUGAUAAAGAAACGACGAGCUCCGGGUCCUGUUUUUGUGCUUCCAUUUAUUGGCAACGCAAUUUCUUUAGUAAGAGACCCAACUUCAUUCUGGGACACCCAAUCGGCCAAUAGUUCUCGUUCUGGAUUCUCUGCUAACUACAUAAUCGGGAGGUUCAUUUUAUACAUUCGCGACACUAAUCUCUCCCACCUCAUUUUCUCAAAUGUACGCCCUGAUGCUUUCUUGCUAGUUGGCCACCCUUUUGGAAAGAAACUAUUUGGCGAGCACAAUUUGAUUUACAUGUUCGGUCAGGAACACAAAGAUCUCCGUCGGCGAAUCGCUCCCAACUUCACUCCUCGAGCUCUUUCAACCUACACCUCACUCCAGCAGAUAAUCAUUCUCAAGCACUUGAAAAAAUGGGAGAGCUUAUCGUCAAACAAUCCAAACAAGCCCCUCUCUCUCCGCUUGUUAGUUCGCGACAUGAACCUCGAGACUUCACAGACCGUUUUUGUCGGUCCGUAUUUGAGCCAAGAAGCACGGGAGCGAUUCAAGCUGGAUUACAAUUUGUUCAACGUUGGACUAAUGGAACUCCCUAUUGACCUCCCAGGUUUCGCGUUUCGAAAUGCGAGACUGGCCGUUGACAGGUUAGCAGAAACCCUCACAGAAUGCACACGAAUGAGCAAGACAAAAAUGGAGAACAACCAAGAACCAUCCUGCUUGAUAGAUUUCUGGAUGCGAGAAAUGCUCAAAGAAACAUCCGACGCCAAAUCCGACGAAGAGCCAGCUCCACGGCACAGUAGCUACGCCGAGAUCGGAGGCCACCUUUUCGACUUCCUCUUUGCUGCGCAGGAUGCUUCAACGUCAUCGCUGCUUUGGGCGGUCGCGCUUCUCGACUCGUACCCCGAAGUCCUGUUGAAGGUUCGAGAGGAAGUAUCGAGUUUCUGGUCACCAGAAUCUGAUGGUUUGAUAAAUACGGAGCAGCUUAGGGAAAUGAAGUACACGCAGGCGGUGGCACGUGAAGUGCUGAGGUACCGUCCACCGGCGACCCUAGUUCCACAUGUAGCUAUGAAGGACUUUGCAUUGACGGAGUCAUACACGAUCCCUAAAGGAACCAUCGUGUUCCCGUCGGUUUUUGAUAGCUCCUUUCAAGGGUUCACCAAACCGGUCCGGUUUGACCCGGAUCGGUUCUCCGAGUAUAGACAAGAGGAUCAGUUAUUCAAAAAGAAUUUCUUAACCUUUGGAGCUGGGCCUCACCAGUGUGUGGGUCAAAGGUAUGCCAUCAACCUUUUGGUACUGUUUAUCGCAAUGUUCUGUACGUUGCUUAAUUUCAAGAGGUGUAGAACGGACGGCUGUGAUGAUAUUGUUUAUAAUCCUACGAUCAGUCCCAAGGAUGGCUGCAUUGUUUCCUUGUCUAGGCGGUGUACCCGAUAUCCUAAUCUCUCUUUGGAAUGA